AUGCGUUUAAAUCUCGGUAUAGAUCUACCAACUGGCCGACUGCUGAUUUUUGUAAAUCCGAACAGUGGUGCUGGCAAUGGGAUGAAGACGUUUAAUCAGCGGAUGCAACCGCUACUCUCUCAACGCGGCAUCGCCUAUGAAUUAGUAGUGACAAAAGGCCCCGGACAGGCCGAACAAGCGGCACGAGAACGAACCGACCUCGCCGAAUUCGCCGGCGUUUUGAUCGUCUCCGGCGAUGGGCUGGUGUUCGAGUGGUUGAACGGUCUCUGCGCCAGGGGAGACUCUUUCUCCCUCGUCCCCCAUCUACCAAUCGGAAUCGUGCCCAGCGGAUCGGGCAAUGGUCUACUCGCUUCGGUUUUUGCGUCUAAAAACUAUCCGUUGAAGGGCGAGAAAUUCCUCGACAAAGCCAUCCGAAUCAGCACUUCCGCGUCGAGUGUAGCGGUCCCGGUGAAUUUAAUCCACGUGCAGACGGAUCGCAAGAAUAUCGUCUCAUUUUUGUCGUUUGGCUGGGGAUUACUGGCGGAUAUUGAUAUCGAAAGUGAGCGGUGGCGGCGAACACUCGGCUCUUCGCGCUUCGUGGCUGGGGCACUGAUACGAUGUCUUAAUUUACGCUCUUACCGGGGGAAGCUCUCCUUUUUGCCGUACGACAAAUCUACGCGGACGACUUCUCCGUAUGCGUAUCCCGUACAUCCGUGUAGCGCGAAGGAAAGGGCGACGAUCGAACCACGCCGGCAAAGAAACAGAGACGAUUCGGCCUAUUCUUCCACAACUUUCCCCCGAGAAGAUGAUCAAGAAUGGGAAGCCGUCCAUUCGGUCCACGAUGUCCCGAAUAUCGAACGCCCAAUUCCCGAGCAAUGGACCACUAUUGAUGACGACUUCGUUUUUGUCUAUGCUAUGGCCAAAUCGCAUAUCGCCAACGACGGGCCAUUGAUGCCGCAGGCGAAAACUUAUGAAGAUCGGAUAUAUCUCACAUAUGCUGUUCGACGUGAUUGCUCAAGGAUAGGACUGGCUCGAUUCUUGAACGACAUCGAGACAGCCAGCCACCUCGACGCCCCGUUUUUUAAGGUGAUCGAGGUAUCAGCCUUCCGACUCGAGCCGGAAAUCGAAGGCUCUUCCUAUCUGGUGGUUGAUGGGGAAGUGGUCACCGCCCGCUCGAUCCAGGCCACCGUCACUCGGCUUCAUUCUACUAUCAUGGUCGCCAAUGAAACCGUC